AAGCAUAAGGUUGCUCUGGCCGGUAUGAUACAUGAAAGUGAUUUUUGGCCAGGCCACUACCGAAAACCUCGAACGCCAAAACCAACAGUUGACGUAAAAUGGCCGACAAGACGUACGAGACCGAAAUCUACACCAAAAAUGCCGCGGUUAACCAGUAAACCACGAACCGAGAGGCCGACUACGAAGGGUACCAUUACGAAGAGUACCACUACGAAGAGUACCACUACUACUACAGAAGCUACCACCACCGAUCCGUCGCAAUCGAACGAAGAUAAUAGUGACGUGGAAAGGAUAGACGUAGAUAUAUGUCCAGACGACGAAGACCAAGAAACUGCUAUCGAAGUGCCAGAUUCCUGCGCCAACGUCAGCAACGAAACAAUAUCUAGUUCAGACUACAUGAAGGUAGAUUUGCACCCAGACUUCAUAGAAGACGGGUCCCCAGUGUGGAUGGUGUACAGCGGAGGCCAGAAGAUAACGUCAAAAAUACGGGCCGACGCCGGCCUCGUGGUGGGGUGCAAGGCCUACGCUGGCCUCGACUUCUCUGGAAACGUUGUUGUCAGGAAUAGACAUGAUGAUGACUUUAUAGGAAUUGUAUUCGGCUAUCGCAGCAACAGUCAGUUUUACUUAGUGUCGUGGAAAGCGAAAUCAGACAAGUACUGGAUAGGCUGGCCUUCCGUGGUGAAGGCGGAUGCGGGGCUGCAUAUUAAGCUGGUCAACUCGUCGACGGGCCCCGGCGCCUAUAUGAGGAACGCGCUUUACAGCACCGAGUCGGUUAAAGAUCAGGUGAAACUCCUUUGGCAAGACCCAAACAAACAAGGCUGGAAGCACUUGCUAAUAUAUUCCUGGCAGCUCAUUCACCGGCCUCGCAUCGGCCUCAUCCGUAUAAAGGUGUUCAGACUCGGCAACCUCAUAGUCGACUCUGGAAACGUCUUUGAUAAAACAAUUAAAGGAGGCAGGAUUGGAGUAUAUGCGUUUUCCCAGGAAACUAUCGAGUGGCACAAGAUGAAAUACCAAUGCAACGAUAAAAUACCUAAGAACAUAAUGGCAGAACUACCUCCAGACUUACAAAAGAUAUCGGUCGUAGAUAAUUUUUACACUUGGAAUAACGUAAGCGGGCCAAAAUAAAAUGAAUUAUU